AUGAGAAACACCAACAAUGUCUCCUCCGCGGGUCUCCAGCUCCACGACCCUCAACUAGAAACGCCAACACCGGCUCUUCCACAGUCUCUAGCUCCACGAUCCUCAAUUAGGAACACCAACAACAGUUCCUCCGCAUGUCUCCAACUCCACGACCCUCAACCAGAAACACCAACAACAGCUCCUCCACGGGUGUCCAGGUCUACAAUCCACAAACUAGAAAACAACGCUCCACCCUGUAUCUCCAGCUCCACGACCCUCAAACAAAAAAACACCAACAGCGGCUACUCCGCCUUCUCCAAUCUCCAGCUGCACAAUACUCAAACUGCAACAACAUCAGCUCCUUCUAGGGUGUCCAGCUGCACGACCCUCAAACUAGAACAGCUCCUCCCAGGGUCUUCAGCUCCACGGCCCUCAAACUAUAAAGACAACGUCUCCUCCCUG